CCGGCGCCGGCCGCGCGGCGCACCGCCAGCAGGGGCGCCGCCAGCACCACGCCGAGCAGGAAGCGCGCCGGUCUGUGGAAAGGGCUGUUUUCGCGCCGCCGGAGCGAGAGCGCUUACUGAGCGUUGGGUCGGGCCGAGUGCGUGCCGGGGGCCUUAUUUAAUGAUUCCAUUUGUCUUGUGUCGGGUUGGUCGGUCAAUCAUCAUCUUCGGGGCCAGGUCGGUUGCGUGCUUUGAGGAGCGCAACAAGGAAAGAAAGAAGGGGAACUGUAAGAUAAAGAAUGAAGAGAGAGAGGGGGCAGGGCUAAACAAAAUACCGGGCUGUCAGGUUAGGUUCCGGUAGGUGGGCAUGAUAUCCAAAAUUUGCUUGUUAGAAGGACGAAUUAGUAAUGAGACAUGAGGCUUUUUUAUUGCCAGAU